AAAUCUCAUUUACAUUAAUUUAUAGGCCAAAUGGAAGGAAUUUAGUGUUCAAUUGCUGUAAAUUAAAGUCCAUUUUAAAUCGGCUUUCUAGUGGGAUCCUGUGAACGCGCUGGUUUAGAACGUUCACAUUGCGCUGGAUUUGUGCCCUCAAAUGCCCAGAAAAAUACUGCGGGAUAUAAAGAGCCCAAAAUGAGCUACUCGCUAUAGUAAACUUUAUAUACAGGGUUCUUAAGAAGCCCCUUUUAAUGUAAAAAUAAGGUACAUACCUUUAAUUGUUUGCUUUAUAAAACCCUGGGGCUGCGAGAGGUCGCGGGUUUAGAGAGUGAUUUUUAAACUACUAUAACUAUUAUACAAGGCCAUGCAAACUAAUAAUACCUUUUGCGACGGGGUCUUUCAGCGAUUUUUCGUUAAUGAUUUACUAGGCUGAACAUUUUCGAUUGCAACAGGCUAGUAAAAAUCGCGUUUUAAACCCGCCCCCUCUAAACAACGCCAAAAUCGCGCACACGGCCUUGGGCAGAUUCUCAACCACGAUUCAGCUAGGUUUCGCAACAUACCUACUUUGUUGGAUGCUUUUCGCAAUGGAUUGUCGGAAGCUAUCAAAGAUCAAUUGGCUCCACUAACCCAGCCUUCCGACUUUGAGUCUAAGUCUGGCUGUCCAAAUUGACGCUAGACUCAGUGAAAGAGAGCAAGAGAGGAGAUCGGCGGCAGUUCGCUCCUCCUCCCAGCCGUGGCGGCAGCGUCACCCUUUACCUUCCGGUCGGGAAUUCUUCCCUCUCGGCCGGUCCAGUCAGCCUACAUUGCCACCUGUCUCUUCAGAGGAGCCCAUGCAGGUGGGACGUGCCAAACACAGCCCGGAGGAACGGCAGCGCCGCCUAAGGGAGGGGUGGUGUUUUUACUGUGGUGAACUGGGAAAUUUGUUGAACAGCUUUUCAGUAAAAGACAAAGCUCACCAAUGAGAGAGAGGGCAUUGGUGAGUUGUACCAAUCCUAUGAGCCGUUCCUCUCGUCAACUCACGACGGUACAAUUGUUGGUGCAUUCCCAGUGGCACUCCCUGGAGGCUUUGGUUGAUUCUGGGGCAGAUGAGAACUUCACGGGCAUUCGCUUGACUGAUGAAUUGAAGCUGGAACGUGAACAGCUUCAAGAUCCUCUGGAGGCUAGUGCACUGGAUGGGCGCCUACUGUACAAGGUAAUUCACCGAACUCAACCUGUUCAACUCAUCGUGGCAGGUAAUCACAUUGAGACUAUCAGUUUUUAUCUCCUCGACUGUCCUCCUCAUCCUCUGGUGUUGGGGCGCCCUUGGCUGUCUUACCAUAAUCCUCACAUGAACUGGGGUACUGGGGAAAUAAUUUCUUGGGGGAAUAACUAUAAACUCAUCUAUCUGCAUGAUUCUUCUCCUGAGUCUAUGAAGGAUCCGUCAAGGAGCAGUUUGCUGGGAUCUUCCAGGACCACCUUCCAGCAGCCUCCCCGUUCAAGGGAGGGGGGUUUUCCAGAUCUCACCAAGGUUCCCUCGUGUUCAACAAGGCCAAGGCCACUUCUCUUCCGCCACAUAGACCGUACGACUGCUGCAUCGACCUUCUGCCAGGUACAGCGCCUCCUAAGGGGCAUCUCUACUCCUUGUCGUCACGUGAGCGGCUCGCCAUGGAGAAACACAUUGACGACGCCCUUGCUGCUGGGAUCAUCAGACCUUCCUCUUCACCUGCAGGAGCUGGAUUCUUCUUUGUGGAUAAGAAGGAUGGUACACUUCGGCCCUGCAUUGACUACAGAGGACUCAAUGACAUUACUGUUAAAAAACAGAUACCCUCUUCCUCUUAUCUCCUCUGCAUUUGAAGUGUUAAAAGACGCUAAGGUAUUCACCAAGUUAGAUCUUAGAAAUGCUUAUCAUCUGGUGAGGAUAAGGGAGGGGGAUGAAUGGAAAACUGCGUUUAACACACCCAGUGGUCAUUAUGAAUAUCUGGUCAUGCCGUUUGGUCUUACUAAUGCUCCAGCAGUUUUUCAAGGAAUGGUUAAUGAUGUAUUACGGGACAUGCUGAACAGAUUUGUGUUUGUGUACCUUGAUGACAUUUUGAUCUUUUCUCCAGACGAGACUUCCCAUGUGCAGCAUGUACACCAGGUGCUGGAACGUUUGCUCCUGAAUGAUCUGUUUGUGAAAGCUGAGAAAUGUGAAUUUCAUGCUAACACUGUUCAAUUCCUUGGUUAUGUUGUAUCACCUGCUGGUAUACAGAUGGACCCGAGCAAGGUCAGUGCUGUGGCCAACUGGCCUACACCCUCCAGUCGUAAGCGACUUCAGGGGUUCCUUGGGUUUGCUAAUUUUUAUAGGAAGUUUAUCCGGAACUUUAGUGUCACUGCUGCACCAUUCCAUGCUCUUACCUCACCCCACGUGCCUUUCUCUUGUUCCUCUCAAGCAGAAACUGCAUUUAUGAGACUCAAGAGGAGCUUCUCCUCAGCCCCCAUCCUGGUUCACCCUGACCCGUCACUCCAGUUCAUGGUUGAGGUGGACGCCUCGGGUGUGGGCAUCGGGGCCGUAUUCUCCCAGAAAUCCCCCACAGAUGGUCGACUGCAUCCCUGCGCUUUCCUCUCAUGA